UGUACCACACCCCCCUCCCAAAAACGACCACCCUCGCCCAUGCAAACGGACUCAACCCCGCUGUAACAAACACUUUGACUUUUCUCGGUAAGGAGAGGGACUACUCGGCACACUUUGCUGUUUUUGUGAGAAUAUUUGCGGAGGGUUUUUCUGUGCCACAGGUACCUGUUGUUAAACUUUUCAGUUCGGGGAACCUGCGCAUCACUUUUAUCACUUUCCUUCAUCUUCCCAUCGUGCGCAAGCCCGGGGUGACUUGUGCCUCAGGUCGGGCAGUCAUGCUGUAGAAGAGUCUCUACAAGUGAAAUAGCGGAGUGGAACUGAAGUUAGCGGUGCGCAUGAGUGGAACCAUGCAAGGGCAACACAAGAGAGGACUGAAGAAUCUGAGGCUGCUGCUUCUGUGUGUAUCCAUCGCCAUCCUCGCCUCAGGAGUGCAAGCGGGUGGGAAGAAGCACAGUGGCCCCUGUGGAGGAAGAGACUGCAGCGGAGGCUGUAAAUGUUUCCCAGAGAAGGGUGCCAGGGGUCACCCUGGGGCUCUUGGUCCUCAGGGCCCCCAGGGGCCUUCAGGGAGACCAGGUGAACCAGGCAUUCAAGGACCAAAGGGGCAGAAAGGUGACCAUGGCCAUGGUGGUAUCAUAGGCCCUAAAGGAAAUGUGGGAAUGACAGGCGUUCCAGGGUUUUCUGGAAAUGAUGGUAUUCCGGGCCACCCAGGACAACAUGGGCCCAGGGGCAAACCAGGGGCAGACGGCUGUAACGGGACACAUGGAGAAUCAGGGUCUCCGGGGCAACCCGGCUAUAGUGGCUCACCUGGUAUUCCUGGACAACUAGGCAGGAAGGGAGACAAGGGAGACUCGCUGGAGCUGAGAGUGUACAUGGAACGUUUCAGGGGAGAUCCAGGAACACCAGGGGUCAACGGAGCAACCGGGCGUGCAGGAAUCCGAGGAUGGCCGGGUAACAACGGCUUCAUAGGACCAAAGGGUCCCCCAGGGCCUCCAGGUCCCCGUGGACCAAAGGGCACUAUGACCAAAGUGCUUAAGGGACUUAAAGGAGACCAAGGGGAAAUUGGACUACCAGGACCGGCAGGAAACUCUACUCAUCCACAAACUAAGCCCCUCUCCGGACCCUCGGGACCUCUCGGAGAGAAAGGUCUGAAAGGAGAAAGAGGAGAUCCGGCCGACAACAAAGGAGAAACUGGUGUGAUGGGAUUCCCUGGACCACGGGGUGCAUCUGGUGCAGAUGGGAGACCUGGAUUCAGGGGGGAUCCUGGCGAACCAGGACCAAAUGGCAGGCAAGGUCCUAAGGGAGACAGAGGUGACGCGGGAGAACUGAUUUCAUCAGGAUGGCCUUGGUCUUCAGGGGCUGGUCCUACCGGUCUUCCUGGUGAGGACGGUCCACAAGGCGAGAGGGGCCCAGUUGGAGACCAAGGCCUCCCCGGACCCCCAGGACGCCCCGCCUCUGACUCACAGCAACAAGUGUGGGUUUUCUUUGGGCCAUUCGGUAUAAAGGGGGAAGCAGGAGAGAAGGGCAAACAAGGGGAACCAGGACGCCCUGCUGUCAGUGCAGGACCCCCAGGCAUCAGUGGGCGCCCAGGGAUCAGGGGCCCUAAAGGACAGAAAGGAACAUGGUCUGAGUACUUCAAGGGGCCUCCCGGCGGGAGAGGCAGGCCCGGCAAUGCAGGCUUUAAAGGAAUAAAAGGUGAUCAUGGGAAAUGUGAAUGCACCACUGUAAACUCUAUACCGGGGCCACCUGGCCCUGCUGGUGACCGUGGGGAUCCUGGGAUGACCGGAGAGUUUGGUCAGGAGGGGGAUAUAGGAGACCCAGGUCCCAGAGGAGAGGACGGAUUCCCUGGACCCAGUGGACUCAGUGGUUUGCAAGGCCCAAAAGGUCAAAAAGGGGACACGCGUGUGGCUACACAGAAAGGAUAUUCUGGAGACCCAGGGGAUCCUGGGCAAAAUGGCGAGUCGGGAGUUCUGGGUGCUCCAGGUCGAGAUGGUUUGCCUGGUAUUCCCGGGACCCAAGGUCUUCCAGGAGCAGAUGCCAUUGGAGAACGUGGAGACAAAGGUUUCCCAGGACGUCCUGGUCGACCUGGUGCACCCGGGCUAAGGGGAGAACCGGGUGAAGACAUUAAGGGCAUCAAAGGCCAACGCGGUUUACCCGGUGACGACGGCCUUGCAGGCUAUCAUGGAAUUCCAGGAACAUCUGGCAGCCCAGGAGGCUGUAGUACAACAGGACUUGGAGGACAGUGGGAUGUAACAGGUCCUUGCGAUGCUAUUCCAGGACCUCCAGGUUUGCCUGGACUUCCAGGAGCCAGUGGAUCGCCGGGUUCCCCAGGUCCUCCAGGCCAAGAAGGACUACAGGGUCCACUUGGAGCACUGGGAGAGAAAGGAGAAACAGGAAAUCAAGGCAUAGGUGGCCGCACUGGACCACCAGGUUUUGCCGGUCAACGUGGAGACUUGGGAAUUCCUGGUAGGAAAGGUUCAGUAGGAAUCCCUGGAUUGCCGGGUGUGCCUGGCCGCUACGGGGCCCAAGGUGAGAAGGGUGUUCACGGAGAGAUCUUCGGAGCAUCUGCAGGAUCCUCUGGUGACCCGGGUCUGCCUGGACAUCAAGGGAAUAAAGGCCAGGCUGGUGAUCCAGGAGAGCCUGGCUAUCCGGGAAUGGGCGGCAUGCCUGGUAUGAUCGGCUUCAAGGGUGAGACUGGCCCUUUAGGCCUGCAGGGUGAGGAAGGGAGGCCUGGGCCAGCAGGAAAAUAUGGCUACCCCGGUGAUCCUGGCAAAGCAGGUCCACCUGGGUCACGUGGUGCUACUGGACAGUCAGGAUUCACUGGAGAGAGGGGAACUGAAGGAGACCCGGGCCCUCCAGGUCCAAUAGGAUUAAAAGGCAUCCCAGGGACAUACGGUGCUGAUGGUGCCAUUGGAGAGUAUGGCCCACCAGGUGACCCAGGACAGCCUGGUACAGAUGGGCGCCCAGGAGUUCCAGGAAUGAAAGGAUACAAAGGGUCUCCCGGUAUGUCAGGUUUCAAGGGAUUUAGGGGUGAUCCAGGGGUGAAGGGCUUCAGUGGACUGACAGGAGAUCCUGGAGUGAUAGGCCAUCUUGGUCCAAAAGGAGUGAAAGGUCAAAGUGGAGAGAAAGGUGAACGUGGUUUGGAGGGAAAGCCCGGGGCUAAGCCUUACAUCCAUCCGCAGGUGAUUGCUGUCAUGAAGGGAGACAAGGGAGACGUUGGAGAUCCAGGGAAUCCAGGUUUCACCGGGCCGAGAGGUACUAAGGGUUUACCUGGUAUACCGGGCUUCGAGGGAACUCAUGGUCUUCCUGGAGACCCCAGCAAUGUGAAAGGUUACCACGGAGACUCAGGUGCACAAGGGCUGCCAGGGAUUAAAGGAAUGCCAGGCUUAACUGGAAAUCGAGGAAUUACUGGUUUUAUGGGAAUGUCUGGCAACAAGGGACUUAAAGGAAGCCCUGGGGCCUAUGGCGCAUCAGGAGACAAAGGAAAGAAAGGAGGCAAAGGUGAGAAGGGCACUCGUAUAGACCUUCCAGGAGCUACUGGAUUGAGAGGAGAGGAUGGUUUUCCAGGAGUACCAGGCGAGAAAGGAUUAUUUGGACAAACUGGGGACAGGGGUACACCUGGUGUUGAUGGCAUCGAAGGGAAAAGGGGAGAACCAGGUAAUCCUGGAAUAUUGGGAUCCCCAGGCUCAGGAGGGCAGCAGGGAACUCCUGGUAACCAAGGUCAAAAAGGCUUUCCUGGAAUUCCUGGAAAAACAGGGCACCCAGGCUUUCCUGGCUUCCCUGGAAACAGAGGUUUUCCUGGCCCGAAGGGUCUUUACGGAUUACAUGGACUAAAGGGACAUAAGGGACUCCCAGGAAACGCAGGUCUGGAUGUCACUGGACCAGCUGGGGAACCUGGGCCCAAAGGAGAGAAGGGAGAGGGCGGAGACCCCAACAAUCAACCAGGUGUUCCAGGCACACCGGGUUUGAAAGGCUUCCAAGGACCUCUAGGUGACCAUGGUCAUCCUGGACCUCCAGGAUUCCGUGGCCCCGAAGGACCAAGCGCGACCUCAGAUAGAUCAGGACCCCUUGGAGAUCCUGGCUUUAAAGGACCUAAAGGGUACCAAGGUUCCCCUGGAGUCAACGGAUUUCCUGGUGUGGAUGCUCCCCCUGGAGAAAAGGGUGUACCAGGAAUAAAUGGGUUUCCUGGUCACCCUGGUUGGAAAGGAUUCAAAGGAGAUCAAGGUGCAUUUGGAUACAGGGGACCAAAUGGAGUUUCUGGGAAGAAAGGAGUGAAAGGAGAGCAAGGGUUGAUGGGAUUUCCUGGUGCGACUGGAGAAAGGGGGGAAAGAGGGCCAAGUGGUCCAAAAGGAGAUACUGGACUCCCAGGUGUUCGUGGAUUACCAGGCAACAAGGGUUCUCCUCCUAUUCCCGUCAGAAUUCCAGGGGAGAGGGGCCCUUCAGGACCGCAGGGUAUCCAAGGACCAAAGGGGAGCAAAGGGGUACUAGGGCCACAGGGCCCGCCUGGGGAUACAGGUUUCAUGGGGCCCAUUGGGCAGAAGGGCAUGCCUGGGAUUGGUGGUACCCCAGGGACGCCUGGAUUUCGUGGCGAUAAUGGACAAAUGGGCCACCCCGGUCUGCAAGGCAUGGAAGGUCACCGUGGCACCCCUGGUAUCCCUGGGUUACCUGGUAUGCCUGGCCGCAGCGUCAGCGUGGGUUACUUGCUGGUAAAACACAGUCAGGCAGAACAGACGCCCAUGUGUCCUGUGGGCAUGUCUAAACUGUGGGACGGCUACAGUCUGCUGUACUUUGAGGGCCAGGAAAAGGCCCACAACCAGGAUCUGGGUUUGGCUGGCUCCUGCCUCCCGCGGUUCAGCACCAUGCCCUUCCUGUACUGCAAUCCUGGAGACAUUUGUUACUACGCCAGCAGAAAUGAUAAGUCCUACUGGUUGUCAACGACUGCUCCUCUGCCUAUGAUGCCUGUGGAAGAGGAAGACAUCAAACCGUAUAUCAGUCGCUGCUCAGUAUGCGAAGCUCCAUCAGUGGCCAUCGCAGUCCACAGCCAGGACAUCACCAUCCCACAGUGUCCCGCGGGUUGGCGCAGCCUGUGGAUCGGCUACUCCUAUCUCAUGCAUACAGCAGCAGGGAAUGAAGGUGGAGGUCAGUCCUUGUCAUCGCCCGGCUCCUGCCUGGAGGACUUCCGCACAACACCAUUCAUUGAGUGUAACGGGGCCAAAGGCACAUGCCACUACUUUGCUAACAAGCACAGCUUCUGGCUAACCUCCAUAGAUCAGUCGUUCCACCCUGACCCGGCAUCAGAGACACUCAAAGCAGGCCAGCUCCUGUCACGCAUCAGCCGCUGCCAGGUCUGCAUGAAGAACUUGUGAAAGACUACAGUAACAAAGAAGCUGUUCCAUUGGCAGUGAUCUAGCAUCGUUUCUCUAUCUACGUACUAAACCACACAGAAGGGGAUCUGAAAUACCGAUUUAGAUUGAUGUAAAUGGGAAGCAGUCUCCCCGAGCCACAGGGCUCAGAUAUGCAAUGACUGUGCGACGCCAUGAGCUUUAGAGUGAAAUGUCCCACUGUAGAUAAAACAGGAGAAGCCCCAUAAUGAGGUCAACAGCAUUAUGGGAAAACAAGUAUUUUGUGUUAAAUGUGGAUUGGUGCUUACUGUUAACUUAUUACCUCAGCUACUAUGACACAUUAAUGAUCUGAGACCGUAUACUACAGCUGAACCAAAGAUGCCCGUGUGUAUGCACUGCUUCAGUUUAUCUAGAUGUGUUUAUUGUUUAGGGUAUACAGCCCACCAUAAAGCCACUAACACUGCUUCCAAGCCAACUGAAGAAUGUGUCAUUAGAGGUCUUGAACAAUUGUUGGUUGAUACUAUUGACAGUAUUUCAUUGCUCUUACAAAACCUAUUUUUAUAAGACUGUCUUUUCAAUCUGUUCUAUGCAUUUAUCAACUAUUGUAAAAAAAUCAGCUUCUUACUUUUCAUACGCCAUAUGUUCGCACAAUGCACUGAUUCUUUUUGUAUUUAUAUCAGCUGAAUGAACUUGACCCCCCCAUCCUUAAGAGUUUAAAUAUAUAUCUUAUCUAACGCUACUCAUGUCACACUCAUUUCUAUUUACAAAUCUACUAAUUAUUGAUCAGCCCCACGUUGCCAACAGGACAGAAUACAAACAGCUUGGAUCAAAGGUCUCACUGUAGCAAAUCCUUGUUAUGGUCACUGAUCCUGGGUUAGAUUUGAGUAUUUUACACAGUUUAUAAAGUAGGUCAAAUGUUCUACUUCACCUACAUACAUUUGUUUGGAAAUAAACAGUUUGAUUAGACCGGAAAUGUACCGACAACAUUUGUUUUAAUUGUAAUAUAAUGGUAAUUUUCAUAACAUGAUCAUUUCAUUGGAUUGUAAAGAUUAAAUGUUGUUUGUUAUA